CGGGUUGGGGGUGGGCUUUUGGCGUGGGCGUGGAGACUGGGGAGUUCGGGGUGCGAAGUGAGAUUGGGACUGGAGCGUGGGGGGCUGGCUAUUCGUGGAUGGAGAUACCUGGAGAAAACAAAGUGCAGACAUGAAUAGUAUCACCAGGAUCUGAAGACUCUAAAACUGCUAUUCAGUCUGGUCAUGGAGUUUUUUGGAGAAAGGAAUCUGUGAAAUUAUGUGAAUAGAGACUAUUUUACAAAGCCAUGGGGGAAAGAGAAAGAAGUCCAGAUAAUGAUCAAGAAAGUAAGGCAGGAAAACACCGUUACUCUUCAUCUGAUUUUGAAACUACCCCACAGUCUUCUGGCCGGUCUUCGCUGGUCAAUUCUUCUUCACCCACAAGUAUUAAGGGAAAAAAUCCUAAAAGACAAAUUUCAGAUAGCCAAGUGCAUCAUCAAGCCCCUAGGAAGCCAAGCCCUAAGGGUCCACCAAACAGAAAGGGAGUCCGAGUGGGAUUUCGCUCCCAGAGCCUCAAUAGGGAGCCACUCCGGAAAGAUACUGAUCUUGUUACAAAACGGGUUCUUUCUGCAAGACUGCUAAAAAUCAAUGAAUUGCAGAAUGAAGUAACUGAACUCCAGGUCAAGUUAGCUGAGCUGCUAAAAGAAAAUAAGGCUUUGAAAAGGCUUCAGUACAGACAGGAGAAAGCCCUGAAUAAGUUUGAAGAUACAGAAAAUGAAAUCUCACAACUUAUUGCUCGUCAUAACAAUGAGAUUACAGCACUCAAAGAACGCUUAAGAAAAUCUCAAGAGAAAGAACGGGCAACUGAAAAAAGGGUGAAAGAUACAGAAGGUGAACUAUUUAGGACAAAAUUUUCCUUACAGAAACUGAAAAAGAUCUCUGAAGCUAGACACCUACCUGAGCGAGAUGAUUUGGCAAAGAAACUAGUUUCAGCAGAGUUAAAAUUAGAUGACACCGAGAGAAGAAUUAAGAGUUACAGUUCUGUGAUACUUCCUUUUGGUGAAAUAUCAGAACUAUCCAAAAACCUUGAGCUGAGUACUAACAGUUUCCAACGACAGUUGCUUGCUGAAAGGAAAAGGGCAUAUGAGGCUCAUGAUGAAAAUAAAGUCCUUCAGAAGGAGCUGCAACAACUGUAUCACAAAUUAAAAGAAAAGGAGAGAGAACUGGAUAUAAAAAACAUAUAUUCUAAUCGUCUGCCAAAGUCUUCUCCAAAGAAAGAAAAAGAACUUAGGUCACGAAAAAAUGCUGCAUGCCAGAGUGAUUUUACAGACCAGUGUACAAAAGGAGUACAAACCAGUGAGGACUUCGAGCUGGAAGAAUUUCCUGUGACACCACAAACAGUUAUGUGUUAUGAAAACAAAUGGGAAGAACCUGAAUGUCUUACUUUGGACCUGGAACUGCAAGAGAGAGGGGAACAUGAAGAAGCAAGGAUUCUAACCCCAUCUGUGAAAACAGAAGAAAAAUUUGUUAAAGAUCAAGGACUCCGUGUUGUAAAUCAGGAAGUUGAAAAGCUGGAGAAUGAGUGGGAAGGAGAAGAACUUGUUAAAAAGCAAAAAGACAAAAUAUCUUUGUUAGAGAGAGAAGAAAAGCCCGCAUUGGAAACUGGAAGAUACCAAAUGGAAAUAUGUCAAAUUCAAAAUAUAGAUAAAUUAGAGGAAGAGGAAGAAGAAAGGCUGAAGAGAGAAAUGCUACUUGCUAAACUGAAUGAAAUCAACAGAGAACUCCAAGAUUCUCAGAAUAUAAAAUGUCCUCCUCUGCCAUUGCUGCCUGAUUCGGAAUCAAAACUGCAUUCCCCAGAGAGAAGCCCCAAAACAUACAUGUUCUCAGAAUCCUCAGAGAGAGUAUUUAAUGGGCAUAAUCUGCAAGAGAUCAGCGUUUUCACUACAAAAGGAGAUGGUCAGAAUCCAGGAAAUACUAGAAGCCCAGUCUCCCCAAGUGAGCUUGCAUUUGGCAGCUAUGUGCCUUCGUUUGCAAAAACAUCAGGGAAGUCAAAUCCAUUUAGCCAAAAGAGUGGCCUUUUGGAUGUCCAAAGAAACAGUAUAGAGAAACUUGGUAAAGACAGUGUAGAUUUAAUUACAAGAAGAGAGAAAAAAGCUAAUCUGAUGGAACAGCUAUUUGGUGCCAGUGGCAGCAGCACCAUCUCCUCUAAAAGCAGUGACCCGAAUUCUCUGGCUGCCAGCAAAGGAGACUUUGAUCCUCUAAAUUUUCUCUCAGGGGAUAAGAGCAGCAGGGAUAGAGAACAUGAGGAAGAUGACGACUUUUUCCUCAGUGAAGGAAGAAGUUUUAAUCCAAAUAGACACCGAUUAAAACAUGCAAACAGUAAACCAGCAGUAAAAGCAGUGGAAUCUGUAGAAGAUGAAAUUGAAGAGGUAGCCCUGAGAUGACUGACUGCAGUAUACAGUUUUCCAGUUGUAAAUAUUAAAAUAUUUUAAUACAAUAUUUAUUAUAAACCUUUAGAAUUUUUAAUAUUAAAAAGUCCUUUUUAAGGAAUGAUUUUUAGUCGACAAAUACAGUGUAAAUGAAAAGAAGUAGAUCAUACCACACCCCCUAGCUAGUCUGCAAAGAAUGAAGGAGACUCUUGAAUGAAACCAAAAAGAGAGGUAUAUCUUACUUGGUUUUGGCUUUUUUAUUUACAAAUAGGUUUUACCUCUUAAUCAGCUCUAUAGGAAGUUUUACUCCAUUGGAGUUCAUAUUUAUUUCCUGUUUUUAAUCCCUAUUUAUUUAUUUACUUUUUUUUGGUCAUGUCCUCACUGAGCUAAUUAUAGUCUUGUCGAGUGGAAAUUAAAAGUGGGAGGCUCUGGGUUGGGAAGCGUAGCUCCCAGAUGGUGGAGCCCUGGUGCUACUUAGGAGCCCUGUGCUCUGUGGACAAGAAAGGGGUCCCUUACGUAGCAUAGUUGAGCUACACGUAAGUGGAAGCAGUGACAAUAGCAUAGGGAUUUCCCACUUAAGAGAACUGUGCUAACACAGGUUGAAUUCAAAAGACAGUUGUCUGUUUGCAUGGAUAAUUCCCCUUUCAUGGCUCCUAGCAGCUUGGGUACAGUAUAAUCAGUACUUCUUUUCCUCCCCCUCUUAACACUCUGUAUCUCAGUGACUAGGUAUGAGAUUUCAUACCCAAAUACAGGAAAUUAAAUUUUAUCCUAAUAUAAAAAGAUUUAUUUCAACACAAUUAUGUUUCCAGAGUAAUCCAACUUGGAAAAUUUAAUAUAUAUUUUUAAGGUUUGAACUUACUAUCAAAACCAAUGAUAAUGAUAUUGUAAUACUAUUGGACUUAUAGGACUGAUUUUAAAGCAACCUUUGGUUACAAAUGUUUUAGAGAUGGGGCUUCUGCCUUGCUGAGUAGGGCGGAUAUUUUUAUGUUGAAAUGCAUGCGUUGGUCUUCUGUUGUUUGUAGCUUACUUCAGCUACAAAGCAGUUGAUGACCUUGGAUUAUGUUGGGUAUGAUUGAUCUUUAAGAAGUGGUAAUAUACCACCAACUGGGGAGAAACACUCUUCAAAUGAAGAGUGGUGGAAACUGUUCCAGGGAAAGCAUAAAAAAAUGUAGGUUGACACUUACUCUAAAGUUAGUUCCUGCCCCCUGCUCCAGAAAUUAGUAUGAUUUCUGAUGCCAAGCGUAUACACUGAUGAUGGGACCAAGUUACUCUUUUGAGUUCUUAUGAAUGCUUAUUAUUGAAUAUAAUUUCAUAACAAUUUGGCAAGACUUACCUGGAUAGGUCUCUAAUGAAAAGAUAUGCUAUCUGUCAUCUUCUAAAUUGUGUUACUGUCAUUUAUUGGGAACUGAAUCUCCCCGAAGUGCUAAAGUACAUUAAAAAAUUGUUGUAGCAAAGAGAUUUUUAUGUCUGAUAUAAAUAAGCUUUUAGUAUGUUGCAAAUCAUUCUAAUAUAUGUAAACCACAAUAUUGUAAUGCAGUUCUUGAUAAAAUAUUAUGUAAUGUUAAUUUUGUUGAUAGCUGCUAACUUUUCUGCCAAAAGUAUUCUAAUUUUUAGAUUGUUUUAAGCGGCUUUUAAAAAGCCUUCUAGUAAAAGCUUUAUAUUUAGGUCAUUUAAUUCGUCUCUUGGUUUUUUCCUACAUAAUGUUUUCUAGUCUCUUUCACCAGAUAAAAUAAGACAAAUAUUAAAAUUCAAUCUAAAAUUGAUAUUAAAAUGUACAGAACAGGUUUUUCUUUAUGAAGAAACCUCAGAGAGUAAAUCUUUUUUUUUUCUUUUGUAAAUGUCAAGUUAAAUUUGUUAUUUGUACUCAGAACUCUUAACUAAUAAAAACUAAAAACACACUCUGGCUCUUUGUUUGAGUGAUACCUUAGGUCAUAAAGGAAAUUCAUGGUAGAAUGGUAGGAAGAGGACCUGCAUAGUUAAUUUUUAUUAUUCUUUUUUUUUUUUUCCUGCCCAGUAUUUUUAAUUGAAGUAGACGAAUUUGCCCUAAAUCAGGUUAGACAGUAUGCUAGUCUUAUCAGAUAAUUAUAGUUUUAAUUAAUCCUUUCACCCUUAAUAGCUAUCCUAAUGGCAUAUAUUCUCAUAAUAUAAAAAGGUGGGGGUAAGGAGGAUUAAAUUGAAUCAUAAAAUAAACUUACUUCAUGGCUGACUCUCUAUUUUUCUGAUCCUCCUCUCCAUCUCCUAUCAGACAUACUCACCUUCUGGUAACCCUGGUUGGGUGUUGGAUACAGCAUGCAGAUCUGCCUGGUGAAAAGGGGAAGGGAAAUGUGUGUUACAGUGACAAUGUGGGGUUUUUAGGAUUAAAAAAGGAACUAUAAAUUAUCAAGGAAAGAUCUGCCUUUAAAGCUUUCUCCUUUCUACACGACAAGUGCCCCUUUCAGAUUAAAGUCACCUUUUAUAUCAUUUGAAAGUGCUCUCUUUUUAGUGAGGAGCAUAUAGUCAUUCAUUAACUGGGUGCCCUGCAUGUAGGAGGUGCCAGGAAAGUAAGAUAGGCCCUGUGCUUGCCCUCAGAGUGAAUGCAGAGCGCAGGAGGCCAGACCACACAUAGCUCCAUCCCUGCCCUCCCACCAGCUCUCUCACUGUCCUUGGGUUUGCUCAGCUGUUACUGCUCUUGUUUAAUACUUUUAAGGUAGUUAUGAAAGAUGAAUGAAAUACUUAAGUUAAUGCUUGGCAGGGUGCCUGGCACAUAAGUGUUCAGUAAACAUUAGCUGUUCUCAUAGCUGAUUGAUGUUAUUUUAGAGUAUAAUUGAAAAAUAGAGCAUAGGUAUGUACAUAUAUUGACACUAUACUUUGCACAAGAUAACAAGCAGAAAAACUCUCCAAGUUAUCAUAAAACAUCUAUGUUAAAUAUACUGUGUCCCUUAGGUCUGCACUUGGAACUUUCCUUGCUUUAUUCAGCAUUAACUGUGCAGUAAGCUUCACAGCAAAAAUGAAAUACAGAAAACACAGGCCUUUAUGAUUGCAUAAUGUGAAAAUUUGUUCCUCAGCUCUCCCACAAUGUGUGUAUCCAUGGGUAAGCUACAAAACCUCUCUGUAUCUCCUUUUCCCCCUCUAUAAGAUGGGGCUAAUAAUAGGACCUACCUCAUGGUGACUGCAUAUGUUAAAUGAGUUUAUAUGUGAAGAACAGAAAUGUAAAGGCUCAGAUUCUUGCUGUUGAUGUUUUGGAAAGGUAAUGGAGAAACAGGGAAGAGAAGUGAUACUUAUUGAAUGCCAGGCAUGGCAGUUGGCAUUUUUAUGCAUGUGCUCCCCAUAAAAUUUUUUCUCAAGUAGAUACUGUUACUCCCAUUUUACAGUUGGGGCUAGUAGACUGUAAUAAUGAAAGUGAUGGAUACAGGUGAUAGACUAUAUUCAGUAGUGUCAAUUUAAGAAGUCCAAAGAAAUAAGAUAUUUCAGAAAAUACUCUUGCAAUAGUGGUAAGUGACAGAAACCCAAAUCAAACCAGCUUAAACAAAAUGAAAUUAUUUUUGGCUUGAAUAUGGAAAGCUCAGGAAAGUGUGGUUUAAUCUGGAGUUUCAAAUAAUAGUGUUUACUCUGCCCACCUUUUAGCUUGGCUCCCUUUAGCUAGGUACCCGCUUCAAAAAGAAAAUCUUCUCUAUAGCUCUGGCAAAAGUCUGGUUGACUAGUUUAUAUUAUAUGCCCACCUACAGGGCUGGUGGCAUUGUGUAGAAGGAAGAAACUACUAUCCCUCUUCAUGGAAUGAUCACAACUUCUAUGGAUAGGGGAGGCAUUUUUCCCUGAUGAAGAAAUUUUAGACAUAAAAAAUCCAUUUAGUUAUUGUGGGCUUGGUUCUAUACCACCACAAUGAAGCGAGUCAAAUUAUUUUUUUAGUUUUCCAGUGCAUAUAAAACCUAGCUUUACAUUAUAGUCUAUUAAAUGUCCAAUGGCAUGAUGCUUAAAAGCAACAUACAUACUUUAAUAAAAGUAUUGCUAAGGGGUGCCUGGGUGGUUCAGUCAGAU